GGUUCCGCUUGACAACAAUGAGGAACUUUUCUUCCGAGACGACGGGAGCGUGGGAUGCACGGGCUGGGAUGAGGUUACGGCGUCGGACGAAGAUGUGAACAGAGUUGGAGUUCUGCUCCAGAGGGACUUUUAAAUUUCUUGUUGCAUAAAAACAUGGCGAAUUCAAGCUCCCCACAGACGAGCACGGCUCAGGCUCUUCGGGCUGAGAUCCUGGAAAACCCAUUUCAGUCCUCUCAUCAUGCCGUGUUUCAUCACCAGGAGGAUGGAGAGAGAGAGAGAGAGAGUAACAGAAGAGGAAUCAGAGGCACCUAUCUCCUGGGAAUCGUCAUCUCCAUAUGCGGGAACGUCCUCAUCAGCAUUUCGCUCAACAUCCAGAAAUAUGCCCACGUCCGUCAGUCCCAGCGUGGCUCCAGGCCCUACUACACGUCCCUGAUGUGGUGGUGCGGUGUGCUGCUCAUGGGCAUUGGGGAACUGGGGAAUUUCGCCGCCUACGGCUUCGCCCCGGCAUCCCUCAUAGCACCACUGGGCUGCGUGUCUGUCAUGGCCAGCGCCAUCAUAUCCGUGCUCUUCCUCAAGGAGACGGUGCGGGCGUCUGACAUCGUUGGUGGCAGCCUGGCAAUAACAGGAACCUAUCUGCUGGUGACCUUCGCCCCGCACACAACCACACACAUCACGGCCCAUCUGGUGCAGUAUUACGCCAUGAGCUGGCACUUCCUGCUUUACCUCUUUGUAGAGGUGGUCGCCUUCUGCAUCCUGCUCUAUCUGUACAAGAGGAGGAAUGUGAAGCACAUCGUCGUGGUGAUGCUGCUGGUGGCCCUACUCGCCUCUUUGACGGUGAUCUCAGUCAAAGCUGUGUCAGGGAUGAUCACAGAAACCAUAAAGGGUCAGCUCCAGCUCAUCUACCCCAUCUUCUACGUCAUGGUUGUUGUCAUGGUCACCUCCUGCGCCUUCCAGAUCAAAUUUCUCAAUCAGGCAAUGAAAAUGUUUGAUGCAACAGAGGUGGUGCCUAUAAACUUUGUGUUUUUCACUGCAAGCGCCAUUGUCGCAGGGAUCGUGUUUUACCAGGAAUUUGAAGGCUUGGCUCUACUUAACAUUUUUAUGUUCCUGUUCGGUUGUCUUCUGUCUUUCCUUGGAGUUUUCCUGAUAGCACGAAACAGGCCAAAAAUAAAGCAGCAGGACCGCAAUUUCAUUGCAAUGGACAGGAUCCCUGGGAGAAGGCACACAGACAAAGUGCAGCCUGAGGAAAAGACUCAGACAUAUGGAUCGCUGGCAGCCAAACUCAUGUGCAACAGAGCCGGCCAAGCAGACGAUUCAUAGGACAAGCUCCAUCUGUUGGAACUGUGCUUCCAGUGGGUUUGUGUGUGUCUGUGUCUUCCAGGUCCUUCAGUAGUAUCUAUGUAUAGAGCGGAGUGGCAGGCAGCAGUCCAAGCCGGAUUUAAAGUUGUUACAAGGAUUCUUUAGCACAGGAGGAGAAAGCGUGACUUACUAGCAGUGUUUUGUAUAGAAGGCUGUUGUGACGAAGGUCUAAUAAAAGAUCAAUAAUGUUAA